GUUCUGUUUUUGGGCCAUCAGAAUUCAGAACACACCGCGUUCGUUUCCUGUUUCCUGUUUCCUGUUUCGUAUUUAUCGCGCCAAUAAAUUUGCAGACAGAAAGUCCUGAAUGAAUAAUGUCACAAAGUCAGUAACCUCACUUCCUCUUUCCAUAUCCAUUAAACCAGUUCUUCCACAUUGGUGCCAAGUUUUCUUCUUUGCUUUCAUUCUCGAAAGUUUUGCUUCGGCUAUAAUCCUCGUGGCUGAUAAGUGGAGAUAGUUGGAGGGGAAGGAAGAAGAUGGGGGGUGGUUAUAUUAAUAUAGGAUUUUUACAGCGAAACUUGUAAUCGGUGGCCUGGUUGAGUUUUAUCCAUAUAAAGUUCAGAUUUUAUCUCUAAUUUUUCUUUUGUCUGUUCUAUUUUUGGAAAUGUGGAGUCGAUGGUCACUGUGGUGUGCUAGCGGUGGUAUUGGAUCUCUGAAACAAAGGGUGUCUACGAUUGCCAAAAUCGGCAAUGGUAUCGAAGGGAACCUUCACCCCCUUCAUCCUCCAUCGAUGGGUUUGAGGUAUUUUGCAAAGUUGGCAUCUUUAUCAACUUUAUUCAUUGAUAUCAGACGGGGCAUGUCUUCAUCGGCAUCGGCUUCGGUUUCUUCCCCUUCUGCAAGCGACUCAUCUGGGAAAGGCGGUGACAACAACAAUGGUGUUUCGCAAAAUCUAGAUUCUAUAUCUUUCGUAGAAGCUAAGAGGCUUAUGAGAUUGGUGGAUGUAGAAUCCCUCAAGAGGAAGCUUGGUGUAGAAGGGAAGGAAGUUAUGCCGUACUUGGAGCUUCUACAGACAUGUCAGAACAUGGGUGUGGCCAGGAAUCAUGCAGAAGCUACAGCUUUUGCUCGGGUUCUUGAUGAAGCUGGGGUUAUUCUUCUUUUCCGGGACAAGGUCCAUCUUCAUCCCGAGAAGGUAGUUGAUUUGGUUAGAAGAGCAGUACCACUGGCACUGACAGCUGAGGAUGAUCCAAUGAGGGAGGAGUUAAAGAAGCUGCAGGAGAAGAAAGAAGACAUUGAUGUGUUGGCGCAUAAGCAGGUGCGGCGCAUCCUCUGGUCAGGACUUGGCUUUGGCAUUGGUAUUGUCGGGUCCUUCUUCCGGCUAACAUUCUGGGAAUUCUCAUGGGAUGUAAUGGAACCUGUCGCAUUUUUUACCACGACAACAGGCUUAAUCAUAGGCUAUGCCUACUUUCUGUUCACUUCAAGAGACCCUACAUACCAAGACUUCAUGAAGAGGCUCUUCAUUUCGAGGCAGAAGAAGCUUUUCAAAAAGCAAAAUUUUGAUGUUGAGAGAUUCAGGGAGCUACAGAUAAAGUGCAGAACACCUAUAGAUUGCAUUACCACUCUAAAAAACCGAGUAGGAGUGGACUUGGAUCUGGAAGAUGCUUUGAAGUAAAGAUUAACUUUAAUUCUCAGGGUAGGUUUAUACAAUUCUUUUGAAUAUACUAUGAUUAACCUUGUUCCCCCUCUGUUUUCAUGUUGAUGGGGAGAAUUUCACCUUACUGGCUGUUCUGCUCUGCAUAAAAUUAUACAUUUCCUCCAUUUUUCUUCA